GCGCCUGCCAGAAAUGAAUAAAUAAAUAAAUAAAUAAAUUAAUAAAUCAGACGGACUUCUGAAAAGACCAUCGUUUUACCUUCUUUCCUCCAAACACCGCUAUUCAGACUGCUGCAUCCUAUCUCUGCAUAAGAUUUAACUACUGAGGGAGCCACCACACCAUGUCGAACCAUAGCCUGCAUCACUUGAACUGGGUUCUGCCUGUGCGCAUCGUGCAGGCAGUCUUUGCCAUUAUCAUCCUAGGUCUGACCGCAUACGUCGUCAACGUCGAGCUGAGCUGGUACUGGUACUCGUCCGGCACUGUCAAUUUCGAUCUGUUCAACUCCAUCUGGACGCUAGUAAUCGCGUUGCCGUACCUGUCCCUCGUGCCCGUCUUCUUCUCCAACCUGUCUCAUGUCUACGCCGUGCUUGCCGUCGAGAUCGUGACCAUGAUCUUCUGGUUUGCCGGGUUCAUUGCCCUAGGCGCAUUGCUGCCUCCGCCUCGCGCAUGCCACUCUGGUCCGUGCAGCUCGUUGCAGGCCGCGACCGUGUUUGCGUCGUUUGAAUGGGUAUUGUUUGCCGUCACCACUGCUUUCACCGUCCGUCUCGCGCUGCAGUCAAGAAAUGAUUCCACCGUGCAUGCAAAGACAUCGGGUGUCGAGCCUCAUGCUGGGGUAUAAUCACGCACGACAUUGUAUGGAAAGCCGCGCGAAGAAACGGUCCUAGUGAGGUUUGAGCUUGGAAUAGUUAAUAUUUGGGCCCUGACGAGUGUUCCUAAUGAGUUGUUACCUUUCUGGCGCUUAACCUGGUUGAAGUAUGAUUUAUGCUUUAUGAGAAACGAGGGUUGUAUGUUAUUUUACCUAAUUGAAUAUAGCGUCUGACAUUAACAUUGUCCAAUUUCUGCCAUAUGGGCUGGAUUCACGAAUUUCAAUCAUGGCGGGCGGCAUGCCGAGACCGGUCAGAUAUUGGAUAAUGAGAACAGUAAUACGGAAUCUGCCAGUCAAGGUCAGAAAUCUGCUAGCGAUAGUCGACUGACAGCGCGGGCUCCGGCGAAAGAUUAUUAUAUUAUUAUAUUAUUUAUUAUUUUAACAUUAUCAUUGAGCUAUAGUAAUACAUUGCACAAACU